GUGUUAAGUAUUUUUAAUACCAUUUGAAUUCUGAGUCAUAGACGGUCUUUCGUCAUAUGGCCAAUAUUAAAAGAAUACAUUGUAUCAGCGAAAAAAAGAUGAGUUUCCAUUGGAUUAAGGGUAGAUUGGUUCUCUCCAAUCAUGAUUUCCCUGUGGGUCGGUAAAACCCGUUUUGUUCAGACCGAAAGUUGAAAAUUCAGCAGUAAUUUCAUUAAAACAUAAAUAAAGGAAAAGAGGAAGUCCGAGUUUUCUGUUAAUAGUACAAAGGCAUAGCGGACAUACCACGGCCAAAAACAACAAGAUGAUUGCAGAAAAUUCAGACAGUGAUUUAGAGAUGGAUAAACUACUGACGUAGAUAAUACACAGAAAAGGGGAUGGGACAGUAAACAGAGACUAAUCAAAAUGUGCCAAGAUGAAGUAGGAACAAUAUAUCAUGGCAAACGUCCACUGAAUAUUGUCAUCAUUGGUGUACCUGGAUGUGGAAAAUCAUCUCUUCUAAACACAAUAUUUGCUAGCUUUAGCGAUGAAAGAUGGAAACCAAUUGCUCUACAAGGAAACUAUGGUAAAUUAGGCAAGCAAUUUACACAAAGUCUAAUCAGUUACAAGAAAGAACGGUACUACACAAGGAAAGGACGAAUCAGAAAAGAUGAUGGUGUUUUAAUGCCAACAUUUAUUGACAUGAGUGGUUUUGAGGAUAUAAACAACGGAUUAAACAGGGAACUACUCAAUACUGUUUUAUAUGAGAAAUUGCAUGAAUAUGAAAAAUUUAAAGAUGUAUAUGAGUGCUUCAAUAACUCUGGCAAAGAUGGAGUAAGAAGAAAAUAUGGUGAACGUAAUGAAUAUCUUGUAGUAGAUCGUAUCAUACUUGUUUGUUCAGGAGAUCCUAUAGUGCCUCUCCCGAUAAAUCUAAUGGAAUGUGUGAGUCAGAUUUCGAAUGCUGUUAGAUGCAUUCCAGUAUUUGGUGUUAUGACAAAGGCUGAUAAAUUUGAUGGUAGCCAAAAUGCGAUAAUAGAUGAAAGAGAAAGAUUAUUUAUGGAACACCUUGGCAUUGAAGCAGAACGGUUUAAACGAAUCAAGAAUUACUGUGCAGAUAUAGAUAAAGAUACAACCUAUCGGUUUUCACUCACACCGGAGAUAGAUAUUGAUGUUCUACAACUGAUGCAUCAGGUUUUUAGCAAUUCUUUAAGAGUUUCCAAUCCUGAAGGUCGUCUAGAUUACUCAGUACAAACGGAAAGGUUUGUUGACGGAUCACGGGAUGCUGCAAAUCAAGUUCCACGACGAAAUAAUCUACCAAAAUCGUAUUCAGGUUUAAAUGUUCCUAGAUUAUUUCUUCUGAUCAAAAUUCAGGUCCUGUUGAUGGGUAUGACUUUACAAAGCGGAAUCAAGCCAACAUGGGCGAUGAUGUUUGUUAUAAUUGUAAUUCCAGUUGUGUUUUAUUAUGUUUUUAGCUAAAUCCUUAGGUAAGUUUAACAAUGUAUGACUUGUAGUUGCUGUUUUUCUAAUUUAUUUUUCUUCAGUGACGAAUGACUUAUACAUGGUUCAGUAAAGUUUUAUGACUUUUUGUUUAUAUCAGAUUUUAAAAACUAUUUGAUGGUUGUUAUGUGCUCAAGAAAAACAAUGUAUGAAAUUUUAUUUAACAUAUUUGUACGCUAAGCAUUGCUAGGGAUUGAUAAAUGUGUGUUAGAUCCUGUUGGCGUACAUGUAAUGUUUUUAUUAAUUGUAUCAGAAUUACUGUAUAGAUACUUCUUUUAUUUAUGUAUGUAUGUACCUCUUGUGCACUGUAGUGUCUGGUGAUAAUAAAACUUUGAAUCUUUGAAUUGAGGUGUGAAAACAUUGCGAAUUGAGAUAUAGCCUUUUUGGAUUAAUCAUGUUAAAAGGCAAUCAUAUUUAAACUCUGAAAUCGAUCAGCCGAUUAUUUUUGUUUUUAUUAUUUUUGAAACUUGACCAGUAUAUUUAAAACUAAGCGCUAGCAUUAUAUCAAUGUAUAUCUACAGUACUGAAAGUUGUCAAUAUGCUUUUUGACAGGAAAACAUGUCAUCACAUUAAAAAUACUUUAAUCAUUUUAAAAUGAAGCUUCAAUUGGAUGAGAUACAGCUAAUAAUAUCUUUACUGACUGACUGCAGUAAAUCAUGUCAAAUAUUUUAUUUCUCUAUACUAUAGAAUAUCUUCGCUCAUAUUAUAUAUGAUUGCUGCAUGCAUGUUGAUGAAUAUUGGAAUAACACUUUUAUUAUUUAGUUAAACCUAGAAAACUGUUCAGAUAAUGUUUUGAAACUGAUGACGUCGAUAAUUUUGAUUUUUAUACUACCUCUUUUUAACGUUCCGUGUUGCUAUACUACAAUAAGCAAUUGAUAUUGUCCAGAGUUUUAUAUUAAAUUGCACGAGUGAUAUACUGCAAGGGACAACCUUUCAAAAUAUAACAGCAAUAAGCCUUUUAUGAUAUAGAUCGAAAUAUUUCAGCAACAUUGAUGAUACUUCGUCCGAUUCCUGUAGCUAUGAUGCCUGCAGUAAGGAUGCCAUGUCCAUUCCGUCAUCUUGUAUUUCUCUAUAAAGCAUCUCAUUUACUUUUAGGCCUUUUUUCAACUAAAAACUAUUGUCUGAUUGGUUUUCAGAGGGAAUUUCUGAAAGUUAAACAAACAUUAAAAGAAUUCUAUUUAAGUAUUAUGUUGAAUGGCAGACUAAAAUUUGCAGAGGUUGAAGAAUAAUUACCCUGGAUUACACACACUAAAAUGUUUUUUUUUUUUUUUAAGUUAUGCUUUUUUAAGAUCCACUUAUAAAGUCUUGGACCUUUUGUAAAAAUCCAAGGAAAAGUUGGUGAACAACAUGUGUCCCACUUUGUUUUUAUACAUUUCAUGAAUAAAAUAAUUAAUAUA